GUGUUAUUUGAACUGCAGCUGGAAUGAUGUGUGUGUGCGGUGCUUAAGUGGAAUCAAAUGUGCAAUAAUAAUAUUAAAAACAAAAAGAAAACAAUACGCUAAACUACAAACAUUACAAAGCAGAUUUGUAUAAGACUAUUACAAAUAUUUAGCUAAAGGUUGUUUCUGUGCUUAGUGCGUAAAUUUUCCAACAUUCACAAUCCCAUAGUACAUACAAACAUACAUACAUAUACAUAACGUAACAUGUGUGAGCGCGAGUGAGAGCAAAACGUCAACAUGACAGCAACAACAAUAGCAACAGCAGAGUAAAAGAGAGAGCCCCCAGCCAGCUGUGCAGGUCGUCGUGGUCGAUUUCUGUUUUUAGGCUCCCCCAAUAAGGAACAAAAUUUUUCAGUCAAAAUUUUGUUAUUUACAUUGAGCUGCGGCUAAAACGGGUGUCACAGAAUAAAUAUUAUCAAAAAAUUGUUCGUUAUUGAAUUGAAGGUUGUACUACGAAUUGUUAUGCACAUAUUCAAUCUUUACAAACUCAAGUGCAUCAUUUUACACAAACUGCGUCACACUUGGACAUUCGUUGUAUUUGUCGCCAAGCUACUCGAUAAUUGGUAUCGCAGAGCGAUCAAUCACCAAGAGCAGCUCCAACAUAAUAAUAACAACAACAAUAACAACGUAAUGGAACAAGAAGUGCAAGAUGAGGCGGCAGCAGCUCCAGAGGCUCCGGAGGCAAUUGCCAAUGCAAUUAUUGCGGACGAGCCAAUGGAUGCCAGCGAUGUGGAGAACGAAGAUGCUGAUGAUGAAAUCGAUAUCGAUGAAGACGACGGUGACGUCGAUGACGAUGACAACGAUUUAAGUGAUGAAGAUGAAUCCGAUCCCGAACUGGAGGAAAUGUAUUCGGAUAACGAUUGGACAACAUCUAACGAUGAGAGCGAAAUGUCCACAACCAUAUCGAAUGUGGGCCUGGGACCCAUAGAGCCACUCAUACCACAAACAGCCCGACCCAUGUACAGCUUCCAGCCAGCACGUCUGAUCAAAUGUCAGUUCAAGGACAAGCAUUGCAUUGGUGGCUUUCCACUUGGACGCAGUGGUCAUCGCAUUAUUGCAUCCAAAUCGCAUCUCUAUUCGCUUGGUGGCUAUAAUCCGCGCAGUGCGUUGACUGCCGCCAGACGCGGCAGAUGUCUGCUCUUCCAGGAGCUCUGGAGCUACAAUUUCGCCACAAAUCAUUGGUCGCUGGAGCUAAACGCAGACAAUGCCAGCAAUAUGCCCACAGAGCUGGCCUCCAACGCGCUUGCCAUUCACAAUGAUGUGCUGAUUUCGCAUGGCGGCACUGGCUAUCCCUUUGGAGAGUCGUGCUCGAAUGAUUGCUACGUGUACCGCACAAGCGAAGGCAAUGCCGGCGUGGAGCGUUUAAAGGUUAGUGGGGAUUUGCCGACAGCUCAGUACGGACCGGGCAUUGUCAUACACAAGCAUUAUUUGUACACUAUUGGCGGCACGACGGGAUUCGAUUAUUCAUGCGAUGUGUAUCGCUUGGAUUUGCGCACCAAGGUCUGGGAGAACGUAUACAUAUGUCGGCCGGAGAUGCGUGACGAUCCGGAGGGGCGCUAUCGGCACGAGGUCGUCUACGAUGGCAAACACAUCUUUGUGCUCGGCGGCGGCACCUCAAACUCAGUGUACGAUCUGCAGCGCAUACCGGCCUACAAUUUGGACGCAAAUAGCUGGGAUUAUUUUGAUACGCUGCCGGAUCGCAAGAGUGGGGCCUGGAGCCAGAACGACAAGGGCUAUCCGAGACCGCGCAAAUGCUUCUCCUGUGUGCAGCAUCAGUCCUCCAACGGCGACAUCGAAGCUUUUAUUACCGGGGGACUACAAGGUGAUUUCUCGACGUACUUCUCAGACAUCUGGAAGCUGAACUUGCGCACCAAGCAGUGGUCCAUCAUACAGACGGCCAGCCUGCCACGUCCCUUGUACUUCCACUCGGCGGCACAUUCGGACAAUGGCUGCAUGUAUAUCUUUGGCGGCAUUGAGUACAACGAUAAGGAGACAUUGAAGCGCCGCAAUGAUCUCUACAAGAUGUGGAUGACCAUACCAAAGCUAAGCGAAAUAUGCUGGGAUGCUAUCACCUAUUACAAUGAUAAUCUCGAUCUGUACGAUCGCCAGACUCUGCUCAGUGCCGGUAUACCCAAGAGCUUUACAGAUCGUCUGCCCCCGCAGAGACCGGACGUCGUGAAUGGGGACCCGAGCGCAGCUAUAGUGACAUCAUUGUACUCGAUUGCGAAACGCGCCCGAUCCCAAAUGCAAUAAUUGGCUAGGUUCAGCAGCUUUACAUCCCAAUCCCUGCCCAAAAAUAAAGUUGUGAAUUGAGAAUGUGGCGUGAGUGAUUGCCCCUGUGUUGUUGGAGCUAUGUUCGUUUUCGUUUAAAUUGAAAAACAAACCAAAAGGAACAAAAACAGGACAUUAUUUAGUUUUUUUGAGCGCGCGCUGUGAUCGAUUACGAAGGACAUUUAUAUUUAUACAUGUGUGUAUUUUAAUAUUUCGUAGACUCGAAUUGAAAGGCGAACAUGUUUAGCAUGUAAAUAAGACGUAAUUUAGUUUAGAUAGCGGAACAAGACAGAAUGACAGGAGGCAAUUAGUAUGGAAACUCUAAACAAUAACAAAAGAACAGUCAGCGCACAACCCACGAGUCCACAAACCUACACUCAAGUAAGACCCCUAGCUAUAGCCAUACGAAUACUAUAAUACCAGUAUAUCCUUCCAAGUAUUGCUGUAUUACUCACAUCCACGCACCCCCCACCCCCCGCCCCCUGCUGCAUUUGCAGAAUUUCAAGCACAGCCCCGACUAACCCCCGAAGGCUACACCAAACAAUGUCAUAUAGAGGAAGUAUGUGCCAGAGGCAGGCAGUUAGCGAGAACAUUUCGUUUCGCUGGGGUUCUCGCCAAUUGGCCAAUAUAUAGAGAUAAACGUACAUACAUACUUCCAAUGUAUUUUUUUUGUCAAAGUGUACAUAAUAUAUAGAUAUAGUAAUAUUUAAUUAUUAAACUAAGUUUUGCGUCUUUAUUGCGGCAUCUUCAGCCCAACAUUAACACAAAGUUUGCUCGAUAUUAUAAUAUAUAUAUAUAAUAGCCCAGGCUACAAAUUUGGUUCAUUCUAAGUUAAUAAACGUUUUUAAUGUAA